GAAAGGGGGUGGGGUGGGAUUGGGAGGUGUGUGAGGGAGAGAGAGAGAAGGCGGAGAGGAGUGCGGAAUCAGACUCUGCAUAUGUUGAGUAAACAUGUAUGAGAUUGCCCGCCACAUAAACGGGAGUGUUUCUUAACCUUUGCGGAACGUUAUCACAGUAUGCAUCGAAUGGCAAGUAAUUCAUAACAUUGUUACCGCCGUUAGUGAUGUUAUUAAACGAUAAUUGAGCAUGUCAUUCUGUUUGUCAGCGAAAGAUGUGUGCAAUGAAUCGAACUCGUUCCAUCUUAUCAGUAAUACCCGGUAAUGAUCACGAUGGCAAUUACUGUUAAUAAUAACCACACUAGAUUUGGCGCCGCUCAUGUUGCUGUUUGUAUCAGUUCCAUGUUGCGUGAGCGCGAACACUGUGUCAGAUAGUGUUACUCCUGUUUAGGUCUGCUGAUGCGUCUGGUCGCAAUAUUCUGCGCUCUGCUUUAGGUACGGAGUGUGUCAGUAAGUGACUGUGUCAAGGCGAGUUGGUGAGCUGUCAUUCGAUUUGUGUCCAUUUGGUUCGAGACCGAAGAUGGCGAGGCUAGGGGAAAUGCACGCUCAAUGCCCGUAAAGCUCGACAGUCAACGGUACAGCAUUCGCCGGGGCAGUCACCGUCGCCCUGUUCAUCGGAGGGAUUCGAACAUCGCGCAGGUAGAGAAUCAUUCAGUUUUCUGAAUAUAUAUAUAAUCGUUGAACAGGGUUAACUUGUGUUCAAUGUGUUGGCAAGUCAGAACGGGUGAAGAAUCUGUUGCGCAUCGAAAGACCCGGCGAGCCCUGGGUGGCACCGCAGGUAACGCAGUUUGAAGACGAGGACUUGUGCCAACCAAGUUACAGUGCCAUUACCCGUGUUCUAUGAAGAAAAAGCUAUUUUCUUGGAAGGCGCGUGUGUGAAUAAGCUUUAGAGACUCACUCAGCCCGUGGCGACGUAUAUAGGAGUGCCCUAGUCGCCGGCACAGACGCUGACUCUGCGUCCGGCAGGUUAAGGCCUGGACCUGCGCCAAUCGUGACUCUUGGCUCCUGCCAGCAAACAAACCAUCGCCGUGUGGGGACUGCUUGUUUGGACGGCAUCCCUCUUCCGCGGCAACAAGCAGUAACAAGCCAGUGUCUGCAGGUGCGUGACCUGAAGCCAACCCACAGACCAGAAGCAGACAUUUACAAGGGAAAACAUCAGGAUGCAGGUGUCAUUCGCCUGUACCGAACACAACCUUAAGAGCCGCAGUGAGGACCGGCUGUGUGGCCUCCGCAACGCCCCGCCACCAGGUAGUGGCGGUGGGGGUGGAGGGGGAGGGGGGAGCGGCCAGGGAAACAACGGGAACUACAACUCUCAGAGCGGACCCAAGACCCAGGUCCGGGAGAUGUCGGGGUCCCGGCUUGUUCCGCAAGGCCACGCCCACAUGAAGGAGGCCAUCGGCCGACACAGCAGCAUGAAAUACCGGAACCUUGGGAAGUCUGGUCUGCGAGUGUCCUGUUUAGGCCUAGGUACCUGGGUGACCUUUGGUUCUCAGAUCUCAGAUGAGAUGGCAGAGAACCUGAUGACCAUAGCAUACGAGAAUGGGGUGAACCUGUUUGACACGGCAGAGGUCUACGCCUCAGGCCGGGCGGAAAUCACUCUUGGGAACAUCAUCAAGAAGAAAGGAUGGAGGAGAUCCAGUUACGUAGUGACAACCAAGAUCUACUGGGGAGGACAAGCAGAGACGGAGAGAGGGCUUUCCAGAAAGCAUAUCAUUGAAGGUCUUCGAGGAUCCUUGUCCAGACUGCAGUUAGAAUAUGUCGACAUAGUCUUUGCCAACCGUAAUGAUGUCAACAGCCCAAUGGAAGAAGUCGUGCGUGCAAUGACCUUUGUAAUAAACCAGGGCAUGGCAAUGUACUGGGGAACGUCCCGGUGGAGCGCCAUGGAAAUCAUGGAGGCGUACUCAGUGGCGCGUCAGUUUAACCUGAUCCCGCCCGUGUGUGAGCAGGCUGAGUAUCACUACUUCCAGAGGGACAAGGUGGAAGUUCAACUGCCUGAACUCUAUCACAAGAUAGGAGUGGGAGCAAUGACCUGGUCCCCUCUGGCAUGUGGGCUGAUCACUGGAAAGUACACUGACGGCGUCCCAGACGUCUCCCGAGCUGCUAUGAAAGGCUACCAGUGGCUGAAGGAGCGUGUGAGCAGUGAGGAGGGUCGCAGACAGCUGGCCAAAAUCAAAGAGCUCCACCUGCUGGCUGACAGAAUGGGCUGCACUGCUGCACAACUAGCUAUUGCCUGGUGCCUGCGCAGUGAAGGGGUCAGCUCUGUGCUCAUGGGCGUCUCAAACGCAGAGCAGCUCAUUGAAAACCUGGGGGCCAUGCGGCUGCUCUCCCAGAUGACUCCCACGACAGUGAACGAGAUUGACGCUCUGCUGGGCAACAAGCCUCACUCCAAGAAAGAGACGCGUGCAUGAAGGAAGGCUGAAAUGCGAGGCGAAGAGAUAGAGACUGUGCCGAUGCAGGAUGAGGAAUGCAACACGAGGGAGAGAGGACGCCACACACAGAGGAACAUCGCUUCUUUGCCCUCCUGCAUAACCAAUAA